CUGCCAGCCAAGCACUUUCACUUCUCCUACAUUUGUGGAGGAUUAUUAUGUAAAACCAGUUUCUACAUCUCAAGGGGUUAAAUUCCCAUAAAUUCUGUUCUCUUUUUAAAUUAUAAGCACAUAUUUUAUACAUCAAAGUUACAUAAACUGGAUCUUUAGUAGAUAAAGUAGAAGACAGAAAAUAGAAUAUUUUCCAUAUUGAGUGCACCAGACAGCUCUGACUGUCUGUCUGAAGGGGUUUUAUAGCUGGCUGCAGCCAUGUUUUAAAUAUUUAUGUCACAAUUUCCCUGACACAGUCAUCAAUUCCUACUAUAGCUAUGUUUGCAUCUGUCUAAAAUGUGCACGGUUUCGGUUCCUAAAAUUAAGACUUCUUCUUUCUGAUCCUCCGUCAUCUGGACAAGUGUGGAAGAAAAAAGGGAUGCUUACCCAUUGUGUUUAUGAGUGUGUGCUCUCUUGACUGUUGAAGGGUUUCAGGUGUUCUGCUGCCUCCUUGUUUGCUACAAAUAUGGAUCAAGUUCCAUCAACCACAGAAGAUUACUGGGACUAUGAAUAUGAAAAUUACAGCUUGUCCCCUGGCAUGAGCAAGAGUCAAGCAGCCCCAUGCUCACAGGAUGACAUCUAUGGUUUUGCACAGAGGUACUCGCCUGUUGUAUACAGUCUGGUGUUCGUCCUGGCUCUUUUGGGCAACGUGCUGGUGCUGUGUGUGAUCCGACGCUAUCGAAACUCUCAGAGGGGCGGAGCCUGUGCUUUCUCUCUGACGGACACCUUCCUCCUUCACCUGGCCAUUUCUGACCUCCUGCUGGCCUUCACCCUGCCCCUGUUUGCAGUGCAGUGGGCUCACCACUGGGUGUUCGGCUUGGCUGUUUGCAAGAUCUCCGGUGCCCUCUUUUCCCUGAACCGCUACAGUGGCAUCCUUUUUCUGGCCUGCAUCAGCUUUGACCGUUACCUGGCCAUAGUUCACGCUGUCAGCUCUGGCUGGAAGCGCAACACCUGCCAUGCCCAGAUUGCGUGUGCCUUCAUCUGGGUGGGCUGCCUGGGCCUGAGUGGAGUAGACAUUACCUUCAAACAGGUAGUGGAGGUGAACACGGUGGGCCAUCAGAAGGCGCUCCUGUGCGAGGUGUGGUUCACUGAGAAUCCCACCCAGUGGCAAGUGGGGCUGCAGCUGGUCAGUGUGGUUCUGGGUUUUGGGCUCCCCUUGUUGAUUAUGCUCUACUGCUACAUCCGCAUUUUCAAGUCUCUCUGCAACGCCACUCGCCGCCAAAAGCGCAAGUCUCUCCGCCUCAUCGUCUCCUUAGUGUCUGUGUUUGUCAUCUGCUGGGCACCGUACAACUGCUUCCAGCUGGCAGAUAGUCUGUACAAGCUGGGAUUGGUGACUGGAGGUUGCCAGUUUGGCCGUGUGUUGGACAUUGGGACUCUCAUCACUGAAAGUGUGGGGCUGUCGCACUGCGCCCUCAACCCUCUGCUGUAUGGCUUUGUGGGGGUGAAGUUCAGGAGGGAGCUGGUCAAAAUGUGUAAGGGGCUGCUGGGACGGAGAGGCUUGCUGGGGAUGGAGGAAUGGAGGGAGAAGAGGGAGAGGAGGAUCAGAAGAACCACCGGAUCUUUCAGCUCUGCAGAAAGUGAAAACACCUCAUACUCUGUCAUGGUGUGAAACUAAUUCGAGAGACAGGAAGGGUGUGUGUGUGUGUGUGUGUGUGUGUGUGUGUGUGUGUGUGUGUGUGUGUGUGUGUGUGUGUGUGUGUGUGUGUGUGUGUGUGUGAAGUUUUUGGAGGUAAGAGAACUUGAUAGAAUUCAGAGAAAGAAAGGAUUAAAUGAAAAUAUAUAUUUUCAGCUUAAUUAAGGCUUCAAAACAUGUUCUCAGAGCAAAAAGUAACAUAGGCUACUUCUUCCACUGGUGCUUUGAUAUCUGGUUGUUUGGUAUGGUGCAGCUUACGUUUUGUCUUUUUUUCUGUUUUUCAAGAAAACUGUAAUGAAAUCAUUAAGUGCCACAUCCCACAUGCUGAUGCAGUCAUGUCACCUUUUGGUGAGAACUGUUGAUUUUUGUGUCCAUAGGUCAAAUCUUGUGAAACAUUUAGAUUUCUUUAUAAUCCUGAAAAGCUUGUUCAGCAGUUAAGAUGUAGCUUGUGGCUUCAGACUGAUAUCUCACAUCCCUGCAGAGUUUUUCUCAUCAGAUUCCACACUCAUACAGUUUUCAGGAAAACAAGUUUUAGCUUAUAAAACAGUGAAAAUGUUGUAAAUAUAUCUGAAAGUUGUUUGUGUUGAAAUUGUCAUUUCUCUUUUUUUUUUCAUGAUCCAUAUACAGCUGUUCUCUCAGCUGUGCUUCAAAACUCUGCGAAAGAGUAAAUUAAAAGUAUUAGCCUACUCAUUUCACAUUUUGAUUUUUACAUCAAAAUACAUACAAAGUUUUUUAUAAUAAACAUUUUUGAAUAAAAA